AUGGCUUUAGGUGCCUCGAAUAGUAGUACGAUCAUGCUCUGUGUCACCAUCUCUUUGGUACUAGUUGUUCUAUUCUACGUCAUGGCAGGUUGGGUGUCUAGAUACCGAGCAAGCCGUCGUGCCGGAACUGAUCAUCUCGCAGCAGCGAUGCAAGUUCGAUCAGGCGAAACAUCCAUUAAACAAGGACUCGAUCCAUCAAUCAUCGCUGCCUUGCCAAUAUUUGUCUACAAUGGAUCCAGUAAUGCUAUAAAAGAAUGUCCAAUUUGUUUGAGCAAUAUAGAAGAAGAAGAGAUGACUAUACUUCUACCAAACUGUAACCAUAUGUUCCAUGCACAAUGCAUUAAUGUGUGGUUGAAUUCACAGUCCACAUGCCCUAUCUGCCGUUGCGGUGUGGCACCUCAAGAAGCAGCCAUGCCAGAAACCAUAGAGUCAAGUGUUGUGAUACCCUUUGAAGCUCCGGUAAUGGUAACAUCAGAUGGUGGUUCAGGGGGGGAUGCAUCGGAUGAUGUAGCAGAGAGUUCAAAAGUGGGAGGGCUAAGGAGACCACUCAGCUCAUUUUGUAAGAUGGGCAUGGUAAUUAGUAGUGAAAGAUUGGAAAGGAGAAUUCAACUUUGUGGCCAAACAGAUCAUGAACCAGAAGAUCUAGAGAGGCAGUGA